GCGCCAACCAACAACAUGUCAAAAUUCAAAAGGUUCAAAGUUCGAAAUAUCCGAGUGGAAAAAAAAAGUAAAAAGAGGCAGACAGAGAGCUGAGAAAUGGCGAGACGGACACCUGAGACGUUCCUUUUUAGGCAACCUCCACCGCAACAACUCCCCAAUCCCCCCCGUCUCAGAUACGCUCUCUGGUAAUUAAGUACUACACUGACUCGUCGUCGUCGUCAGCGGUAAUGCCUGAGGACGUCGAAAUGUCGGAUGUAAAUCAGUCCCCACGCAGCAAAUCAGCCUCCGAAUUUUUAGAACCUCCCCCGCCAGCGCUACACAACAACGGGCCUAUCUCUGCCCCAAAGGAUGUUAUCUCCCUCAGCAGUCGCGACAAUUCCGUCGAACCCGUCACCGACGGCGGCCCUGACCCUCGCAGAGUCGUCAGCGACCCCGACAAGCCACCGCCCUCCAAAAGAAUUAAAACUUCUUCCCAAUCAGCACCUGUUUCUGCUGCGGGCACAGGCUCCACAAAACCAAAGUCGACCAAAACCUCCAAGCCACGCUCCCGCUCCCCAACGCCCCCUCCACCAAGACAACCACUGCUCCAGACAAUCCGUCUCCAGGUCAACUUAGGCGGACCCGAACACUAUGAUGUCAACAUCGGAAACUUGGCCAAAGCCAGUGGCCAACGACCCUCCUCUCCUCCACCACAGACACAAGCUCAAGCACAAGAUACUUCAGACAGCGAAGAUGAGGGAGCAGACCGUCCCAAAGCUAAGAAGAAGAAGAAGCAUAUCGCAUCAGAAUAUUACGACGUCACCGACCCUUUCAUCGACGACUCGGAACUCAACAUCGACAACCGAACGCACUUUGCUCAGACAAAGCAACAGGGGUUCUACGUCUCGAGCGGCGAGGUCGCACUGAUGAGGGAUAGCCGGUCACCUAAGAAACCCAAGUCGAAGAAACCUCCCGUAUCGGAGGCGGGUCCCAGCAAACAUGAGGACGGGACAAAGGACCGUCCUAUCAGCGUUCUGGGUGACACUAAGGUUGAAAAGCGACCGAAGAGCUACACUGUCAUCGACGAUGGCGGCAGGAAACGCAAAGUGAUUGACAUCCCCGAAUUCCACCCCGAACUACAAGCUUCGCUCGAAGGUCUCAAGGAUUUCAUCGCCAAAGAGGACUGGAGUGUCCGCGGGAAGUUCCCGCCGGGUCUCAAACCCAUACUUGCCGACGUCGCUCUAAAGGCUAUCCAUCUCGGGGAGUAUGACGACGACUUCUUCAACCUCAUGCCCAACCUCUUCCCAUAUAAUCGCUUCACGAUGAUGAAACUCAUCAAGCGAAUGGUGUUCCCAGAUCACUAUAGUCUCCUGACGGCGAGGCAGGACGAGCUACUUGAGCAACUCGCUCAGCUCACUAAAGAGGGCUUUCCAAAGGCACAGGAGGAGUGGGAGAAGAGCGUCGCUGCAUGGUACCGACGGCACGAGAAGACGAAGACUGCCGAACCAGAGGCAGGGGGUGCAUCUACCCCAAGUGUGACCGAUACGGCCCCGCACGAAGACGGGGGUGCGGCUAGUGGUACUGAAGGCAACGAACUCGAGAACGCGCCGGGAACUGGCAAAGAAUCCACGCGGGACGCUCAUCCACCUGCGAAGAAGUACAGACUCACCGAACAGAUGAGGUCGAUAAUAUGGCAGCUCGUCAUGCUCAGUAAUGAAUGUUGUCGGUUGGACAACGAGAAGAGCGAAUUGGAAGCUAGUGGACACCAAGUCAGCGAACAAGGUUUAAGGAAGGUGCUUUAUCAACGAAUCGUAGCAGCCUUUCCCAGCGGCUGGCUCAACUCUGGUCAGAUAUCAAGGGAAGUGAGUGCAAUGAAGAAAAAGUUCGAGAGAGAUAAUCCUAUGGCAGCGGAAACGGAUCUGGAUGCAUGAAUCUUCUCCCAAGGACGUACGGACAUCUCUUAAACUCGCCUCAUUGCCAGUCUCUCUUCUCUUCUUUAUGACGAUCGUCGUUUUGUUACCCUACAUUAUUGCGCUACAUGAUUCGUAUUUUUCAUCUUUCUCUCCAUUCCCUACCCUUUU